CACAUCCAUUCCAUUCCUCUUUGGCGCUUCUGGACGAAUACUAACAGUAGUAAAUCACUUGCUUAGGCAGCCAGCACCCGCCUGCUUCCCAGCAUCAGUCACUGUAUCAUCAUUCAUCGCCCCUUGCCCCUUCUCCCUUGCUCACACCACCUAUAAAAUCCAGGCCUUCUACGCCCUCCCUGAUCCAGUGGCCAGCCGGUUGGUUUCUUGCAUUCUUGCAGAGGAGGGUCCAUGGCGGCCGAGAAGGAGAGGCCCUGUGCGGGGUACCAGCACGGGCCGCCAUGGGUGUUCAAGGGCAGCGCAUUGUACCAGCUGCAUUUGGUGAAGGCGUCGACGGCGCGCGCGUUCGUGCCCCGGGAGCUGCGGCUCGUCGAGGCGUUCGGCUACACGCUCGGCGGCAUGUUCCUCGCGCGCUACCACGACAGCCCCGCCGGCGAGUUCGACGAGCUCGUGGUGAUCGCCGGCAUUGUGUGGAACCCGCCGACCUCCUGCGCGUGGGCUGCCAGAGUGCUGGUAAACAGCGCCGAAGCCUGCCGGCACGGCCGCAAGGAAGUAGGGCUCCCAAGCCAUGUUGCUACAUUCUCAAAGACUGAAGCUGCUGGGCUCGGAAAUGAACCGUUGGUCAAAUCAAACAGCUUCCUGAGCAUACUUGGAAUAGGGUCGACCAUCACCAAGCAAGGGAGUGGCCGUGAGAUUGAGAUUUCAGAGACCAAGGGCUCAUCCACUAGGCAUUUCUGCAACAUCAGCCUGCCGCUUACCGUGGCAACAGGGUCACAUAAGCACCGUAAGUGGAUGGGCCCAGCAAUCAGAAUGUCGCUUCCAAGCUUCAGUGGACAGACAGAGGACCAUCCUGAUCUUCUGAAAUACUCUUGCCAAGUAGAAUGCAGGGUGAGUCCCGUAAAGCCAGCUAGGAUUUGGAGUUCAAGAACCACAGAUCCACAGGAGAGUUCUGAUGGCAAGAUCAGCAGGGCAGGAUCAAACGUGUUAGCCGACUCGGAUGCGCAAAACCAGAGCAUUUCGGUCUUGUUAUCAAGGCCCAUCUUCGCUCUGGAGUUCAACUCCCUGAAGAUGCACGUUGACGCUCCGAAGAUUUUUGUUCCACACAGCAAGAAGGAAGUCGGAAUUUCCAGUAACUGAGUCUGAUGAGCUGUGCACCAUGGUUGCCAAGACCGGAGUUUUGACCAUGUUUGACCCGGUUGCUUGAUGAGUUCAUGCUGUUUCUGGUUGUCCUUGCCAGCACAUAUUCUUUUCUUGUUUGUUACGGGUGCAAGAAAAAACAUGUUGGAUAUGAAACUGCUUGCUGAAUUGAAAGUUGAAAAUAGCUCGGUUUCUA